AUGCAACCAUCACAAAGCAUUCCGAUCUCUCCAACUCCCGAAGUUCCUGAAUGGGUAUUGAUAGAGAUUAACGGUGAACUCCUUCCUCCAAUUGUGAUGCCAUCGCAGGAUGAAUCGGAAACUAUCCUCGAACUUGGAAGGUUAUAUCUGACGAAUGAAAAGCAUCCGAUGUUGCUUCUGGGAUCGCACCAGUUGAAGGGAAAAUCCGUAGAUCUGAAGGAGCAUUUCACAGUUUUGGAGAAAAACUAUGAUUCGGAGCUCAAUGAUCUGCUUUCGUACCUUCCGGUGGGCAUAGUCAAGAAGAAGAUAUUGUUCAGCGACUAUCCAAAAAUUAUCAUGAAAUGA